AUGUUUAAAACAGACCACAAGAUCAUCCUGGCAUCCGUCCGCUCCAUAUCGUACCGCUCCAAAGUGGUACAUUCAGGGACAGCCCACAAGAAGUGGGAUGUAAAGCUUCUUGCAAACGAAAAAAAGCGAUCGGAGUUCUCGAAGUCAGUCCUAAAAAGACUGGAGCAGACACAAUUCAACACUACGGACACUGGGUCAUUUUGGGGUCAGCUGAAGGAAGUAUUAACUGGAGCUGCGGAAGAGGCCAUCCCGCCGGGAAAGAUGGCGCCGAUGUCUCCCAUCACACGAAGAGCUUACGCCAAGCUUCAAGGAAAGAUUAAUCGUCAAAAGCGGUUUCCGGAUGUUGAGCGUUGCCGUACAGAGACAGUUUUAGCCAGAAGCGAGUUUGAACAAGCUAAAAAGGAGCACAUCUGGAGGACGUGGAGAAAUUUCUUCACAAACUUGAACUGUGCAGAUCCCUACAUGUGGUUGAAGAAAACGUUCGAGUUUCUCAAAAGCCAAAAGAGGAUGAAAGGACGUAACUUGGGUAGGUGCUCAAUAUCGCAGUUCAAAUGGUUGGAGUCACUGUACGAAGCGGUGACGGAAGGACGGGACAUACCACUGCUGCCCGAAAGUACUCCACCUGUAUCGUUUCCAGCACCGACAGUUGGUGAAAUACGAGCCAUCAUCGCCAACUUUCGCAACAGCACAAGCCCAGGAUCAGACAUGAUAAAUGUGGAACUUUUAAAGAAAGCGCCGGACGAGUUCGUUGAGAAGUUACAUGAACUGAUUGCAGUGGUUUGGAAUAGUAAUGUUCCACCAGCGGAUUUCAUCGACACGGUCCAAGUUCCGAUACCUAAGAAGCCGUCUCCGAAGGCCACCACGGACUUCCGCAAAAUCACGCUGUGCAACGUGGUGUAUAAGGUGAUUGCCACUCAUCUGUUGUAUAAGUUGGACGAAGUCACGGGUGAGCUGCCGACGUACCAGGCGGCGUUCUUGGCAAACAGGUCAGUCGAGGAUCAUAUCUUUACUUCGAAAAGAAUAACGGAGGAAUAUUGGAAUCAUGGCAUCAGCCUGUAUGCACUGGCCUUAGACAUCCGACAAGCGUUCGAUUCCGUAAGCCAUGCCGCAGUGAUAAAAGCUCUUCAAACUCUAGGAGUCCCGAAUUUCCUCGUAAAUCGAGUAAUUAACCUUGCAUUAAAGGAAAAAACAUGUCUGCGUUGGAUGAACCAGCGAACACCCAAGGUCAACAAGGGAAAAGGUGUUAAGCAGGGCCGUCCGCUCUCUCCGCGUCUCUUCACCUUGGUCCUGCACUGGAUAUUGCUUAAACUGAAGCAACUGCAUCCGUCAGUGAACCUAGAGCAUUCGGUCGGAAUGAAGCCCCCCUUUAUCCUAGCUUAUGCGGACGACCUGAUGAUCAUCACCAGCUCACUCAAGGAAAUGGAUGAGAUUAUGUGGAGUCACAUUGUGGGAGGCUUCCACCUCACAUCUAAGGCGUCGGUCCGGUAUCUAGGUGCGUAUCUGACGGCAACCGUGAAUCGUCCGGAAUCGGUCAAGCGACGCUGCUCCCAAGGUUCCAGAGUUAGUAAAGCGAUACUUCCAUUUUGA